AUGAAAGCCUUCUGCAAAGCCAAUAAGAAUUUCCAUGAAGAGAUCAAAGCCUUUCAGAAGGAGCCCAAAGCCAAAGCCUUAUGGGAGGAAAUAAAGAUCUUCCAGGAAAAGAACAAGGCUCUCAUGGAAGAGAUCAAGAAUAUUUUAGAAGAGAGCAACAGCUUCCUGCAGAAGAUUAGGGACAUCCAGAUGAAAAAAAAAAAUUUCCAGGAACAAGUUGGUAGCAUUCAGGAAAAGCUUGAAGAAUUUUGGAAGAAAACGAGGGCUGCUAAGGAGGAGAUCAAGGUUCUUGAAGAAAAGAAUAAGGCUGGUCAGGAAGCAGUCAGGGCUUUCCUAAAACAGAAUCAAGCUAUCCAAGAAAAGAAUAAAGCCAUGUAUGAGAAGAACAAAAUCCUUCAGGGAAAGAAUAAAGCUCUGCAGGGAAAGAACAGGGCUUUCUGGAAGGACUAUAUUGCUUUCUGGCAGAAGAACAAGAUCUUCUGGGAGGAAGAGUUGGCCAUAUCAAGUAGCAAACUGAUUCUCUGGGAAGAAUUCAUAGCUUUCAGGGAUAAUGACCAGAAGAUUCAAAAGGAAAAAGGAGCUCUGUGUGACGAGAAUUUUUCCCUCUUGAAAAAUGCAUAUAUUCCUCCGGGAGAGGAGAAGCUACCUGAAACAGAAGAGAACAAUCUUUGUGGCAUUUAUGGCCCAGCUGUGGACACUGGAAAUGAAACAUCAGAGUAA